CCUUCCUGGAUGAUCAAUGAAGCACGCAACCAUCCAAUGAAAAGUUUCGCCUAACGAAAUCGUACAAUUCGACUGGCACGAUGACACCUCGCUCUCUCCCCCUCAUCUUCUUUGAAAAGGGGGAACAGAGGAUGAGAGAGAGAGAGAGAAUAUGUCAUGUGCGGAUGGCAGAUCCAGGCCUAGUGGAAUUUACUUGUUAAUCAUGGUGAAUGCUCAGGUAACCUCUGCUUCUUUCCGCUUUUGGCAGUUUUAGGGUUCUUUUUGUCGUCGCUUCUUGUUCCCGCGACUGCUCCUCCAAUCGAUCUCCUCAGCUCUGCUCCUCGAUCCCGCCCUCUUUCCUGGGGCCUUGUUGAAGUUAAAUAUGGAAUUUUUAUGAAUGGCUACUGAAGCAGUUGGUUCUCAAAGUUGUCUUGGUCCUUGUUUCUGAGGAACUUUUCACGAGUUAUGGAAAGAUCGGAAGAAGUAAAUGAGAUAAUUGAGGACUCAGAGCCUGAUGCUCCUCAUUUCAAAAGAGUAGAGAUUGACAAAGCACCAGAGGAGCCAAAUUGUGAUUCUGCACUAGAAACGCAAGCACAUAUUAACCUUGAAGAUGCUGAAUGGUCUGAACACUUUGCAUUGCUGCACCCACCUGGGUUGUUUGGUAACAGUGUCACAGAAAAGGACUUAAAUGUUGAUAUGCCAACAGAUUCUGGGCGUCAACCACACUGCUCAGGCCUCAACUCUCUAGGGAGACAGGAAGAGAUGGUAGAAGAGUUGACUCUGAAAAGCUAUAGGAAUCCUAACUUGUCUAUAGGAAGUAGCACAGGUAGCGGGGAGAAACCAUCAAAUAAGUUGGGUCUAUGGAAGAAUUUCACAAGACUUACAGGGAAAUCAAGAGACAAAGAUGUGAGUGAAUCCUUUUCAGUGGAUCACAGUGAUGAUUUCGACAACAAGGUUUUGCCUCCAUCAUCAGGUACAAAGAGAAUGCUAGUGACACAGUCUGAACCAAAAGCUUCUGGAUUGUCUGAUCAUAUAUCUAAGGCUCACAAGCAUCUCAGCUCAAAUACCGAGCCAACAAAUUCUCCUGUUGUGCUUCAGACCAAGGUUCCCUCGGGGUUUGGAUUUCACCAAUACUUGUUGAAGACUUCACUAAAGGGUAAAGGAGUCACAUUUCAAGGAAAGUAUAAUGCUCCUGGCACUGUGAUUUCUCAACAUGUUGAACAACCUAGUGCUAGCAUGGGCAUCACUUUGGCAUCAUCUCACACUCCUAGUGCUAAAGCAGAUGAUAUCUUGUUUGACAAGGUAGAAACUUCAAAUCCUUAUAAAAGAGAAAUUAUCUUGAGGGAAUGGCUUAAGCCUAAAGACCAAAAGAUAAAUAAGGUUGAACGCAUGCAUAUAUUUAAGCAGAUUGUGGAUUUUGUUGACAUCUGUCACUCCCGACAGAUCAUUUUACAAAAUUUACGACCGUCAUAUUUUGUCAAGUUGCCCUCAAAUCAAGUUAAAUACAUUGGCUCGUUUGCCCCACAGAGUGAGAUAGAGCAUCAAGAUUCUGUGGGACGAUAUAUUCACCAUCUAGACAGCCGUUUGAAAAGAAAGAAGGGCAGUGGCCAGGAUAAUGACACUCGUCAAGUUUCUUCGGUGAAGCUACAGAAAUUUCAUGGUCUUAAGUGUUUUAGUAGCGAGCACCCCACAUGCCCGUCAUGCAGUGAUUUUGAAGGUGUUGAUCAUCUUGAACAUGAUGCUGAUAAUUUCAGAUCAAGCAAUCCUAGCAAUGAUUCUAUGGUAUUAAAAUUGGACAGAAAGAACAUGCACGGCAAUUCUAGUUUCAACAGCCAACAGUCCACACUACUGAAAUUGGAGGAGAGUUGGUAUGCUAGUCCUGAGGAAAUAAAUGAUCACACAUGCUCCUUUUCAACAAAUGUUUACAGUCUUGGGCUUCUUCUGUUUGAGUUGUUAUGCUGCUGCAAAACUUGGAAACUCCAUUCUGCUGAAAUGUUGAAUCUGCGCCACCGUAUUCUUCCACCAACCUUUGUGUCAGAAAAUCUUAAGGAAGUUGGCUUUAUUCUUUGGCUGUUGCAUCCUGACCCUUCUUGUCGCCCAAGACCAAGGGAUAUUCUUCAAAGUGAUCUGUUAAAUGAAAGUAAAGAUUUGCUCUCGGUAGAUAAAUCAUCAGCUUUGGUAGAAGAGGAAGAUGCAGAAUCAGAUUUGUUAUUGUAUUUUCUUUCAUCUUUGAAAGAAGAAAAAGUGAAGCAGGCCUCAAAGCUAGAAGCAGAACUUGCCUGGUUAAAGGCAGAUAUAGAGGAGGCUGAAAAAAGACACUUAUCAAGAGCUCAGUUAUAUUUGGAUAGCACAAAGUUCCUAUUAAAUCGCGUAGAUUCUUCCAGCAUGAAUGAAAACACAGUAUCACAUAUUCAACAACUACAAUCACAUUCCAAAUCAAAUAAAUAUGAGCAGAGGUUGAUGAAGAAUUUUGAUCAACUAGAAAAUGCAUACUUCUCUCAAAUCUCAAAAAUUGACACAGCUGGUCCUAUUACUGCAAUCCAUUCUGACUGUGGCAUUUUGAAGAAUAGUAAUAGAUAUUCCCUUAUUCAGAAUGAUGCAAAUGAAGCAAAGGAUUGUCUGGGCACCUUCUUUAAUGGUUUGUGCAAGUAUGCUCGGUAUAGUAAAUUUGAAGUUUGUGGGAGUUUGAAAAAGGUAGACACCUUCAACUCUGUGAAUGUCAUUUGUGCUUUGAGUUUCGACCGUGAUGAGGAUUACUUUGCUGCUGCUGGAGUAUCGAAGAAAAUUAAGAUUUUUGAGUUUGGUGCGCUUUUGAAUGACAAUUUGGAUGUUCAUUACCCACUGGUUGAAAUGUCUAGUAGAUCCAAGCUCAGCUGUGUCUGUUGGAAUACUUAUAUAAAUAGUUAUUUGGCUUCAGCAGAUUAUGAAGGUGUCGUCCAGUUAUGGGAUGCAAGUACUGGGCAUGGAUUCACUAGGUUCACAGAGCACCAGAAACGAGCAUGGUCUGUCAAUUUCUCUGUAGUUGAUCCAACUAAGCUGGCAAGUGGAAGUGAUGACUGCACUGUGAAACUCUGGAGCAUCAAUGAGAAAAAUUCUAUAGACACCAUAAGAACUAUGGCCAAUGUGUGUUCUGUCCAAUUCUCAUGUUCCUCGCACCUCUUGGCUAUUGGAUGUGCUGACUACAAAACCUACUGUUAUGAUUUAAGGAACACUCGAAUUCCUUGGUGUACUCUUUCUGGGCAUGGAAAGGCAGUCAGCUAUGUUAAAUUUAUAGAUUCAGAAACACUUGUUUCUGCAUCAACUGACAACACACUUAAAAUUUGGGAUCUUGAGAAAACAAAUUCUGGUGGUUUCUCCACCAAUGCCUGCAGCCUAACUCUAAGUGGUCAUACCAAUGAGAAGAAUUUCAUUGGCUUGUCUGUUUGUGAUGGGUAUAUAGCAUGUGGUUCAGAAACAAAUGAAGUUUAUGCUUAUUAUAGAGCAUUUCCCAUGCCAAUGACUUCGCACAAAUUUGGCUCCAUUGACCCAAUAACGGGGCAAGAGACAAAUGAUGAUGGUGGACAAUUUGUCUCGAGUGUCUGCUGGAGAAGCAAAUCAAAUAUGGUCAUCGCAGCAAAUUCCACAGGAAGAAUAAAAGUUUUGAAGCUUGUUUGAUAAAAAAAAAAAAAGUUGUCAUAAUUAAUCUCCAUGAUGUUCCUGAUGGCAAACUUGGCAUUCUGCUGAAGUCGCAACCAGUCUGUCAAUAUGCACAUGAUAUAUGCACCUUAUGUGCGCCACUGCCAUUUUAUUCUGAAACUUUAUGUUGCCAAGGCUUCACCAGAAACAAAUUCCAAGAUGCCAAAGUGUCAAAGGAAUGACACGACCUGAGAAUCACAACUAUCAUCAUCAAUUAAACAAGGAGGUGCUGCAAUGUGAUGCUUAUUUCUUCCAAGUUUUAUUCUGAUAUGUGAUGCACAAAAUUGAUUUGUCGAUUGAUACCAGCAACUCGCCGAAAUAGAAAACUCCAAAAUCCUUGCUGUAAAGCAAGAGGUUCCAGGUUUUAGUUUUUCCUACGAGAGGCACUAUACUUUGCAUAUAGAGGUGCUUCCUAUGAUCAGAAUGUACUAUAAUGGUUACCUACCUAAUGAUUCUUUACAGAACUAGAUUAGAAGAGAAAUGAGUUGUGAAAAAUCGAUUUUGUUGUAGUUUGUGAAAGAAUUUCCAAUGUUCUUGGAAGUUGCUGUAAAUGUUGAUCUAGUGUUGAUAAUAUAUUAAGUGUGCAUGUUUUGUUUCAGAAGAAAAUUCAGAUUUG